AACUCUGAGGGGGGAAGGGGAGGGGGGAAGAUGGAGAAACCGUCUCUGCCGCCUGUACCGCCGCGGCCGCUUCUCUGUUACCCGGGAAAUCCCGCCCACUCUCCCGGCCCGCCCCGCCGAGGGAAGGCUCAACCUCGCUACGCCACGGGACGUCGUACCCAUCCGUCAAAGACGGGUCCAAUCGCCGCGCCGCGCAGGCCUGCUCCCGCCCCCUUCCCUCGCCGGGAGGGGAGAGCGAGCCGCUCACCUUCUCCACGCCCCUAUUGGCGGGGAGCGUCCCUAACUCAACCCCGCCUAUUGGAGACUGAGCGCCGAGUCCCGCCCCCAAGCGCCGACGCCAUUGGAGGGCGGCGAGCACCGCGUCACCUCCCAUUGGAGAGCCCCACGUAUCCCGCCCCACGCCGCCCCGGCCACAGGCCUAACAAAUCGGCUCCCGCCUCCGCCGGUCAGCGCACUGCGAGGCUACCUUUGGUUCUCUCACAGCCCCAGGAAGGAGCCGCCAUUGGACACGGCGCCGGUCCAGGAAGGAGCCCAUUCCGCCCUGCGCGAGGAUGCUGAACCUUAGCAGUCCUUUUGUGGAAUGUUUACACUAGAGACUAAAGCUCCGCGUUCCAAAGCCGGGACCGGCGAUGGCGCGGAGCUCGGCGGUCGAGAUCCGAGGCUUUGAGACUCGAGGAGGAAAGAGUAGUAUCACCACCGCGGAGGGCUAAACAAAACAAUGCCGGGGAGAGAGCCUAAUCCUUCCAACCCACUUAUUUUUACUUUUCACUGUCUCCCAGACACAGCCAUCUGCAGCAUUCAGCACUUCUUUCUGCAUGGAGACUCCAAAAUUAAGGUCUAGAGCUCUACCAGCCAGUCUCUGGAGCUGGCUGUACACUGACACGGGGACAACCUGGAUAUGCAGCCCUCGAGGGGCGGAGACAACCCAGCGCAGGCCUUUAAAUGUCACCGCCUAAGCGAGCCUCCGGAAGGCGGAGCAUGAGGCAAAAUGUAUUCCCUGUCUGCAGGGUAGACCCAGAGACAUCUUAGGCUGGAGAGUCAAGAGGUUCAGACAGACUACGGUAUAUGUACAGUAAACCUUGAGGGUGCAUUCACAUUCAGAAAACGAGUAAAAAUCCCAAAUGGUGUUGGCGGUAUGGUCUUGAGAAUGACUGUUCAAAAGUGAAGAUCCUGUUAUCCCAACUAUUCGCGAGAAGGCAGGAACCUCGUUUGAAUUUAGGAACUCUAGGACAGCCUCUUCAAAAAAUAAAGGAGGGAGGCAUCCAUAGCCUCCUUGGCAGAGUGAGU